AUGACCGACCUUACAAUUACAAUAUGGAAUGCCAAUGGCAUUAAAAAACAAUUGAUUAACUCUAUUUUAGAUCAUACACCCGACUCCACUCUUUUAUUUAUUACCGAAACCUGGCUACUCACCCCACAAUCCUUUCCUACCAACUGGCGACAAUUUCACAUCUAUGGUCAAGCCCACCCACGCACCUAUGUUGGCAGCAUGGGUAUCUCACUUCUCAUCAACCCUUCCUCUCCUUUCAAAGACUCUAUCGAAUUUAUGCCCCACGAUCCUUCCUCACCAUAUUACAAUUAUGUGUUAUCCUGCCGCCUCGGUACCAUCCUUAUCCAUUGCCUAUAUCUCCCCCCCUCUAUCGAUGAUCCUUUUGCUCUUGAAAUACUCCAAUCCCUCACUACCGAAUCCGACACUACCACCACCACCAUAUUCUGCGGUGACUUUAACGCCCGUCUUGGCCCUCUCCUAGGUGAUCAUCGCACUACCAGUCGUGGCACAUUAUUUAAUAAUGAAUGGCUGAUCCCACAUGGCCUUACCCUAUGGAACACUACCCUUGCCUUCGGCCAACCCACUUACUACCGACUUGACGGAACCAGUAUCAUUGAUUGGUUUAUCAGCACUACUCCUCUCCUUAAUCCCUCUAUGCAAAUUCGCGAUGACCUCUCUCUAGGCUCCGAUCAUAAGCUUGUCCACCUCACCUUUCAAUAUGCCAACCAACCCUCUCCUCCUCCUUCCGGCCAUCCACGUAUCCUGUGGCGCCUUGGUAAAUUAUCUAAUGACUCCGAGAAGAUCCGUCAACAUUACAGAUACUUGGGCGAACAGGAACAGCUCUUUUGGAAUUUAGAUGCCGAAUUCAACGAAAGCACAAACCCGAAACCUUCCUGGACGCCACGCGUGGUACGCCACAAGGUGCGCAAGCAUCACAAUCAUUUGCGUACCGAUUAUCAAGAAAAGAAGAAAGAUGCAGCGGGCUGGAAGCUGAUGCAGAAGCUGAAAAGCCGCCGCAACAAUAAAUUCCAUGAGCGCCAUGCAGCAUUCUAUGUGGCUGGUGCAGAGUUGUCCACAUACUUCGCUGGUGCAGAGAUGUUGUUGGCGCCUGGGUUGAUGUCUGACGAGGAAGACAUUAUCCAGGACAACUGCGUCAUUGCCAGACAGGUGCUCCGCCCUACUUGGAGGAGCGACAAAUCCAAUGCGUUCCUCGACGAGCUGUCAGCGCUUGCUCAAAAAAGCAAGACAAGCAAGCGCCUCGGCCGAGCACCCCUGCCAAAGGAGUAUGUGGAUGCCGAAGUGUCUCCAAAACCUGCACUUUGA